AUACAUAAACUCAAGACCCUGGCACAGUACAGUAUGUGUACCUGCAAGCCCCUCCACUUCAUACGUGUGAUGUGGUGAGAAGGACAAAGUGAUCAAGGUUUUACUGCUUCUGGACAUUAAGGUGGAGAGGGAAUAUUAUUUGCACAAAUGAUUUAAAAGCUAGCGUUGGAUGGAUAAUCUAAAUACUGCCCAGACUGCCAGUUCAGGUGGAGGCACAGGAGGAGUUGGUAAAGGGGAUCUCUCCCUGAGUUCAGGAGGGUCAGGUGGAAGAGCUGCGUCAGGAGGCUCAGGAGGCACGAGCAGCUCAGUUCUGAUCACAUCCAGCAGCUCCAGCACUACCACCUCCGGGGGAUCUGGAGGCAUCAGCAUCACCACUCUAGGAGCUUCUUCUUCUGCUGUAUCUUCAGCUAGAGGAAGCUCUGCAGGGGGAGGAGGAGGAGGAGGAGGAGGAGGAGGAGGAGGAGGAGGUGGUUCUGCUGCGUUGGAGGCCUCAGCAGCUGAAUUUAAGGCUGCUGGAAGGGGUUCUUCUAGCAUGUCCUCUGGUUUUGUGAGUGGCCGAGAGGGGAAAAGGGAAGGGGGCCUUGGUGCUGUAACAGUUUCAACAGUGACGAAGAGCAGCUACAGCACUGCUGGAUCUGGGGAAGCCAAGAGAGGAUCGUCCUCAGCAAUCACAUACUCACCUGUCCAAAAAGAGAGGAAGACCAUAACUACCAUGGCAGCAGCCCUGUCAGAGGUGUUCGACGAGAGUUCAAGCACAAAUUCCUCUCCAGAGUAUAAGAGAAAGGAGUAUGUCACAUCAAGUGCAAUUUCAACGUCUGCCACCAGAGGGAGAACUCAGAGCAGAGAGAGUGAGAUCAGAGCCCGGCUUCAGAGUGCUUCGCCUACAGCAAGCUGGACUGAGCUGGAUGAUGUGAAGCGUCUUUUGAGAGGAACCAGCCCAAGCCCCCCCCGGUCCCGCAACAACACCCUACCCAUCCCCAAGAAAGCCAGCGUGGAGACCAGGACCAUGUCCGAGAGCUCCAGUGCAGACCACUACGGCAGCGUUUGGUCUGGAGGUGUGAACAGCGGCAGCUACAGUUACAACACAAACCAUAACAACCUGUCCACAACCUCCACCCUUUACCAGUCAGGAGGAGUUCAGAACAACCUGACACUCAGCUCUCACUCUAUGAACGGUGGCCUGUCUCCUGGCAGCACUGUUCCUUUCUACGGAGUUCAGAAUAACCUGGCCGGUACCAGCCCUACUCUCCUCUCUCCCUCUGGAAGCAACACACAGAUAGUCUAUGGUGUGCAGAAAAAUGCAUCUGGCCCUGGAAUGAGCCCAACCACAGUGAGACCCAGCAGUCCCGUUCAUUUCGAGGUCCCGGACAAAGACUUUAAGUUUGUGCUGCUAGAGAAGGAGAACGCUCCUGUGAAGAAGGAGACGGAGCGUCUGAUCAUGACCAAAGACACGGUGAAGCAGUUCAUGUCUGCUGCACCUGCUAGUGCUUCUGGUACCUAUUCGGAGGACUCACUGAAGCGAGAGAAACAAAAACUAUCAUCCAGCACAAUGGAGGAGGGAACAGAUGCUAAAUCUGCGUCAUUAAAAGUAUCCACAAAAGACAAAGCCACCUAUGCAGAGAUCCGUGAAGAUAAGUCGGGCCUCGGCUUCUUAUCCUGCUGCAGCUGGUGGAAGUGGCUGCUCGGCCUCCUGCUCAGCCUGCUCCUCCUCCUCGGCCUCCUCUUUGGACUCAUCACUUUGAGCGAGGAAGUCAAACGCCUCAAGAACCGUGUUGAUGCUCUUGAAGCCAUCACUGGCACCGCAUCGGCCAGACACAGCCGCCUGUCAACCUCCUCUGGUGUCAACAUCAUCGACCCGCUGGACUCGUCGUACAUUAAGAGAAGUCCUGCUGGGUCCACACUGACUCGCACCGACAACAGCAUCAACCUGGAAGCUGCUGGGCAAGGAGGGGGCGCGGGAAGCGGACCAGGACCGGACAGUGCUGCCCUUCAUAGAGUCGUCCAGCAGCUGGUCAUGGCUGAACUCCGCUCAGAUGUUGUAAGAGACACACUGGCAUACUCACUAAAAGGGGAGAGAGGAGAUCCAGGACCUAAAGGUGAUCCAGGGCAGCUUGGACACAAAGGUGAUAGUGGAUUCCCUGGCCUGACAGGUCAUCCGGGGCAGAUGGGUCACCCAGGACUUGAUGGCCCACGAGGACCAAAGGGAAGUGCAGGUGAAUCAGGUGCUGAAGGACAACCGGGCCAGAAGGGCCGGGAUGGACAGAUGGGCCCCCGUGGCGAGGCUGGACCCCCAGGCUUUGGAGAGAAAGGAGACAAAGGAACUCAAGGUGAGCAGGGACGCCCUGGUCUCGCUGGACCUGUGGGACCUAUGGGGCCAAAAGGUGCCAUGGGAGAGCAGGGGGCCUCAGGAAGCCCUGGUGCUCCUGGUAUAAAGGGUUUCCACGGAGAACCAGGACCUCCUGGAGCAAAAGGUGAUCAAGGAACAGCAGGGCUUCCAGGAGCCAAAGGAGACCUGGGAGAGAGGGGGCAACGUGGAUCUGCAGGUGAACCAGGACAACCUGGGCCACAAGGACGUGCUGGACCAAAGGGACCUGAAGGAGUUGGUGGUGAAGCAGGUUCGAUGGGACCCCCUGGUGUGAGAGGACCACCAGGAACUCCUGGAGAUGCUGGGCCCCAAGGAAUUCCCGGACUCCAAGGACCCCCAGGCAUUGCUGGAAAUCCAGGACAGCCUGGUGCUCAAGGUGAACCAGGAUUACCUGGUAAAAUCAUAUCUCCAAUUGGCUCUGAUGCUGUGGUUAUCCCCGGACUCCCUGGGCCUGCUGGGCCUCCAGGUCCUUCUGGAAGCCCUGGUCUCUCUGGUCCCAUUGGCCCUGCUGGUGUUCCUGGACAACCUGGUCCUAAGGGAGAACAAGGCGAGAAAGGUGAUAAAGGAGAACAAGGGGAGAAGGGAGGUCAAGGAAAACCUGGUGAACCUGUUGUCAGUGAGAAACUGACAGAAACCCAAACAGACAGACUUUCCUCAGGGGCUGGACAGCCCGGCCCACCAGGACCUCCAGGGCCUCCUGGAGAACCUGGUCCACAAGGUCCCGCUGGUGUGUCUAAACAAGGUCCUCCGGGGCGGAGAGGUCCUCAAGGGGAGCCAGGUGUUGGUGUACCUGGACCUCCAGGUGUGAAAGGAGAACCUGGCAGCUUCAUUCCUACAUCAGAUACCUUCUUCGCUGGACCACCAGGACCUCCAGGACCCCAAGGCCCACAGGGUUCAUCUGGUGUAAGAGGAUCACAAGGACACCAAGGUGAACCAGGUCAACCGGGUCUUCCAGGCAAUCCAGGCGAAAGAAGUGUUGGUUUCCCGGGUCAGCCUGGACCUAUUGGCCCUCAAGGUCCACCAGGCCCAGGGAGUCCAGCGGGGCCUCAAGGACCUAAAGGUGAUGUAGGAGCCCCAGGAGUCCCUGGAGUAUCAACUGGUGGCUCAUACAGUCCUGGCCCCCCAGGCCUACCUGGACCACCUGGUGCACCUGGAAGGGAUGGAAGUGGGUCUGGAUCUACUGAUGUGGGACGAUAUAUUGCAGAAUACUUACAGAGUGGUAACAUCAGGGAAUACCUGGCUGGACCCCCUGGGCCCCCAGGUCCUCCAGGGCCCCCAGGGGGCGGGUCGAUUGAUGAUAUGGCCAACCGAGUUAUUUCCUACAUCCAGGGUUCAGGUCGAGGAUAUGAUAGGACUCCUGGCCCUCCUGGUCCUCCUGGUCCACCUGGAUCUGUCUCUAUUAAUGACAUCAUCAACCUAUUACAACGAGAGGACGUGAGGAGAUAUGUAGCAGGCACUCCCGGUCCACCAGGACCACCAGGAGCACCAGGAGCACCAGGCUCAGGCCAUGGUGGCUACAUUAUCAACACCCAGGAGGUGGCUGAACGUGUUUUCAGUCUGAUGAAUGAGAGGGGGCAUGUAGGUGCCUCUGGACCCCCAGGACCUCCUGGAUCACCGGCUGGUUAUCAAGGGCCUCCUGGUGCCCCAGGUAUCCCUGGUCCACAUGGUCCACCUGGACCAGCAGGACCACCUGGCCCACCAGGAUAUGGGAAUCAUAUCAGUGCAGAUAUUCGAGACUACUUACAAAGUGUUUCCUACAGAGGCCCACCAGGCCCUCCAGGUCCCCCUAGACAAGAGGAUCGCCCUCAUCCAAUCCAUGGAGUGGUUUCCUAUGCUGAGCAUGCUGGCAGAGAGAUGCUUAAAGCAGAACGACAGGAAUACAUAAAGAGUGAUGGCUUGGCAGGAGCUAUGUUUGGACUUCCUGGUCCGCCAGGCCCUCCUGGACCCCCAGGACACAAGGGUGACCCUGGUGUGCCUGGGAGCAGACUCUUGAACCUAGACUCUGGAGACUACUCCAAUAUGGCUGCCAAAGUUACUGAUUACAUCAAAUCUCACGGUCUGCUCAGGGAUGUUCUGAGAGACUCUGAACAUGUUAUUCAAGGACCUCCAGGACCUCCUGGACAUCCAGGAGUGCCAGGACACAGUCAAUUGGUCAGCUACGGAGAAAACAUUGUAGAUGUGGUGGAAUAUAUCAAAUCCCAUGGUCUCCUGCACGAGCACAAUGAUCGUGACUUCCAAGGGCUGCCAGGUCCACCCGGCCCUCCUGGCCUUGAUGUAGUUGAAUACAUCAAAGCACAUGGAGCCAUUGUAGGACCGCCUGGGAGACCAGGACAGAAAGGGGACAUAGGAUUCCCGGGGCCAAAAGGAGAGAGAGGUGAGCGAGACCUUCAUGGGCCUGAAGGACGCAGAGGACAAGGGGACAGAGGCGAAUUCACGCUGAGGACAAAAAGAAGGAGAAGGAACAUUGGUGUUUAAAAUGAUAUCAACUAUAAGAACCUUUUUUAUACAUAUCAUAUUGUGUAAUACAGUAUAUGGACUAUUUUGGGUGUAAGGCAGUAACUGAACUAUAAAAACACAACAAAUUUCCCUCAGUUUUUUUUUUUUUGUGAUUUUUCUUUUGCAAACUGUCUUUUUGAAUAGAGGGAUUAUGUAUAGUUAUUGUUUAAUUUGUUUACAUUGUUUAAAAUGGUGUCAUUCAGAGAGGUGAUAUCUUUUAUUGUAUGGAUUAAAUCAAUGUAUUUCCCUUUUAGCAGGUUAUUUGUUAACAUUUUACAUUUUGUUUCUUAUGUUGCUAGUAUUAAGCUGUAAUAGCAUUUCAUUAGUGUAUCACCAGGUGGAACAACAACAAAGAAAAAACAACUGUUGUACAGAAGACUUUUUUUUUAUUUACAACAAAAUGGAAAUCUACACGACACAGGCUUUCUAAAACUACACAUUUAAAAAAAUGCAAAAUGAUUUUGAUAGGGACAUUUGUUUUUCAACAUUCAGAAUUCAAUCAUUAAUUUGAAGAAUCUAACCGACCAAUACAGACGGAACUGAUUUUGUGAUUAUAGUAUUUUAUGCCACCAAACCACCAAUGGAAGAAUAAUGGCUGAAGCACAGCAUGAUGCUGCAGUGUGGGUGACAUGUCCAUAGAAAUAGCUGCUGAGUCAGCUUUGUAAAAGGUGCACAGCACUCCUUCAUUACACAACCAGUUCAUUUAUUAAAUACCUCGACUAUCUGGAACUCUCAAAAGCCAAUAAUAAAAGAAAACGAGGCGGAAAAAGGAACCAAUGUCAUAAAUAUGACCUAAACCAGUCAGGUCAUUUUUUUUUAUUUUUUUUAUCUUGCUUGUGUUUGCAACUGCAUCAAAUAUGACAUUGCUUUCAUAUCAUUUUAAUACAUCUACCUAAAAACAAAUACUUCAAGGUCAUGUUCCUUUUUGUGUCUUUGAUAACAGAUCACAGACUGUAUUUUAGAUGUGGAUUUAGCCACUAGGUUUCAAACUAAGGCCAGUAACAAAGUGCCUUUACUAGCACUUCUUCUAAUAGCCAGUAGGGGAUGACGCUACUGAUUGAAAAAAAGAUCGUAAUGUAAUUAAGUCUAAAAAAUCUGAACACGUUUAAUCUAAAUCACUACUUCCAAGUCAUCCCCAAAACAGAACGAUGUUCACUUAGAAUGCUCAGAUUUAAGGUAAAAAAAAAAAAAAGAGAGACAAGAAA